UAUUAUUUGUACUACGGAGCUAAGCAAGCAGAAGCAAAUCCAGCGGUAAUGGCGGCAAACGCAGAGAAACCAGAGGCGGAAAAGUUCUCUUUGUCUUCCUUGUGGAGUAGUCAGAAUCAGUCAGGAUUAGGGUUUUUUGGGUCUUCAGAAAAGUCUCUUGCUCCGCCCCCUCCUUGCUUUGAAGUGCUUCCUUCUGAGGUGUCUUCAACUGUGAAAUGUACUACAGACUCUGUGAAUUUGAGUGAAGGUCUUGCUUUACUUAAGGGUAGGGUGAGUACCCACGAGGUUUUUGCGUUAUCUAAUUCGGAUUUGGUUCCUGGGAAGUAUGAAGGGGGAUUGAAGCUAUGGGAAGGCUCUCUCGAUUUGGUUAAGACUCUUCGCGCAGAGAUCCAGGAUGGACGGCUAUCUCUUACAGGAAAAAGUAUUUUAGAGCUUGGAUGCGGUCAUGGCCUUCCUGGGAUCUUUGCAUGCCUUGAGGGUGCAUCUGUGAUUCAUUUCCAAGAUUUCAAUGCUGAGGUCCUCCAAUGUCUGACAAUCCCAAAUGUAAAUGCAAAUCUCAGGAAGGAACCAGUUCAACUUUCCACUACAAAUGCAACAGAAAGGAAUAAUAGCGACGCAGAAGUUCGCUUCUUUGCUGGUGACUGGAGUGAAGUACAUCAAUAUCUUCUUCAUCUACGUGACAUUGAGGAUGAAAAUUCCUUGGGUUUGAGGUUGGAGCAACAUCCUACUGCUGGUUACGAUGUUAUUUUAAUGGCAGAGACAGUUUACUCGAUCUCCUCUCUUCAGAAUCUCUAUGCGCUCAUAAAGAAGUGCCUGAGCUGCCCUCAUGGAGUUGUUUACAUGGCAGCAAAGAAGCAUUAUUUUGGUGUAGGAGGAGGGACCAGACAAUUCCUUUCUGUGGUAGCGAAAGAUGGUGUUAUGGUAUCUAAUUUGAUUGCAGAAGUUGCUGAUGGUUCAUCUAAUGUUCGAGAAGUAUGGAAGCUUUCAUUUAAGUAGACGUAUAUCACAUGGAUUGCACAUAACAUUUGUCUGACCACUCUCACAACCUCAUACGGGUCGAGUCAAAUCAAUAGUAACUACGGUCACUCAAAGUUGAUGUACAAGAUUACCUGAGUUCAUGUAUUACUCUCAUGUUUUUUUGUCUUUGUUCUCUAGUAUUUAUGUGUCUAGUGUAUCAGAGUCCUUUAUGGUUCUGUUAUGAUGCUUUUGAAAUUUAUGUCCAUUCUGAUGGUUGGAUUUGAUCCUUAGUUACACUAAUCAGAUGUGGAAACCAUCUGGUACUCUAAUAA